AUGUUACUCACAGGAACAAAUGUGGCUGAGCUAGAUAUUCAUCAACACUUGGUCAUGGAAUCAUAUGCUGUUCCAAUCACUUACUUCUCUCGUCGAAUGGAGUUGCUUGAGUGUUUAAUAGAUGUGAUAAAUGCACAUUGUGAGAUCAUCGGUCAAGGCAUAUUACACUGUGAUAUCAGCCUCAAUAAUAUCAUGAUAUAUUUUGAGUAUACCAUCAACGGCAUCUUUGCAAGGGGUCUCCUAAUUGAUUACAACUAUGCGACAAAGAUUUCCAAGGGAACUGACCAUGCUGUCGGACGACAGGACCUUACUGGAACUUUGAUGUUCAUGGCUAGUGGCAUUCUGCUGCAAUACUCGGAGCAUGGCAUUCCAUGUGAACAAAUGGUUGCUCAUGAUCUGGAAUCAUUCGUCCAUGUUUUCAUCUAUAUCUGCGUGAUGUAUGAUGGCCCUGGUGACAAGCUUCGAGAUGAUAAGCUUUUCAACCAGACUAUUAUCAGUCAGUGGAUCUAUAGGGAAUGGGACACAAUAGGGUUGAUCAAGCAGCAACAUAUGGAACAACCUGAUCUUAUUAUAUCAGACAUUACUCCAUACUUUCAGCCGUUUUUGACUCUCAUCACCAAGCUGUGCUUGCUUCUUAGUGAGCAGGUCAACUGUAUGAAAACCUUUGACAGCUGUGGUACUACACCCACCAUCAACUCGCCUCUUACACACACAAGACUAAUCAACACAAUCUGGCCAGCCAUUGAUGAUGACAACUAUGAUGAACCUCUUUCAGUCCAUAUGUGCAUCAGGCAGCUCGUUUUUGAUGGUAAAGCACCUUCAUUUAUUACCGAAGGUGAUAGACCAUAUCUAGCCUCCAAGGCGAAAAGGAGUGGUGCUAUUCUCGACAAUCAAUGCUCUUCAAAGCGCUGGAGAACUACUAGUGGAGUCAGAAGAUUAUUGAACUCUGGUACUGCUCAUCCUAUAAGAGCAACCAGGGGGAAUUCUACCAGGCAGAGUAGGAGGCACCAUAGUGGGCUUAGGUCUUGA